AAAAAAAGGAAACUUCAUUCAGAUAUCAAUCAUGUUCUCUCCCAUACUCUUCGGAUUCUCAAAACCUAAUUCUUGUCUGAUCUUGAUAUUUUUCUUGUCCUAUUUUCACCAUCUUCCUUGUGCUCUAAGUCAACGAGAACUUAGGUUAUGUCAUCAUCGGUUUCAGUGUGGGAAUUUUACCGCCGGUUUCCCUUUGUGGGGAGAGUCUCGGCCACAACCUUGUGGUCAUCCUUCUUUGGAGCUUCACUGUGACCAAUCCUCGAACAAGACCUUUUUUAUAAUUUCAGGUCAGAUGUACAGUGUCCUCCAAAUAGACAACUCAACUAACACACUUCGACUUGCGAGGCAAGACUUUUUAGGCGAAUCAUUCUGCAAUGCUACAUUCACCGGCACAACGUUGACUCCUGAACUAUUUCAGCUUUCGCCAGAUUACAAGACCCUCUUUGUUCACUAUCUCUGCAACGAACGUCUUCACAAUCCUUCGAAUUUCAAAUGUGCAAAGAUUGGUAUCGCCUCGGUACAUCAGGACAAUAACUAUUAUGAAAACUGUGGUGCGAGUUUCAACAUUACUGUUCCCACAAACUAUGCUCCAGAGGAGGAAGCUUUGAAUAUGACCCGUUUGGGAAGUGUUCUUAGAGAAGGAUUCGUGGUGAAGCUGAAGUAUGAUGAGAGACCGUGUCAAGAAUGUCAAUCUAGUGGUGGAAUCUGUGGCUACGAUGUUUCCACUCCGAUUUGCUGCAAGACAAAUUCAUCAGGAUCAGUAAUCGCCUGCAGUCAAAUGAUUCCAUCUAAAUCUAAUGUUGAUGAGCGUCACAUACACUGCGCUUUUCCGUUUACCUGCGGAAAUGAGAUACAUCUCUCUUAUCCCUUUUGGACAUCUGACAGAGAAGAGUGCGGUCACCCAGAUUUCAAGGUCAACUGCAGCAACGGUUUUGCAGAGCUUACCAUCUCCUCGGUUAAGUUCAGAAUCCUCCAGAUGAACUAUGAUGAUAACAUCAUAACACUCGCAAGAAUGGAUUAUCUCAACAAUCUUUGUCCCCAAGACCCUGAGAGCCCAACGAUCAACCACGAUGUCCUUCCAUUUUCUAACGACACUGUGCUGUCAAAUUUUUAUUACAAAUGCCCUUAUCGAAGAGUAGAUUUUAAGCCCAACGAUUACAUUAGACGGCUUAACUGUGAGGAUGAUAAUGCUGGGGAAAGUUACUUUGUCCCGUUCCCUUCACACUCUUGGGAUACAUCUAUCUUCAACGAGUUGAGCGCACUGUGUGAAAGAAAUAUCAGUAUACCAGUCUCUGGAUCUGCCUUGAAGAUAUUAGAGAGAAAUCAGAGUCUGGAGGCUGUAAAGAAGGCUCUUGAUAAGGGUUUCGGGCUUAAAUUCAACACUGAUUGCGUAGAAUGCGGAAGAUCAGAGGGUGCUUGUGGAUAUAGUCAGAGAUCAAAAGAAUUCGUCUGCUAUUGUAAAAAUGGGCCUCAUAAGCAUACUUGUCGAAAGAAGGAACUCUCCAAAAAUGUAAAAUUAGGCAUCGGAUUUGCUUGCGGAUUCUUUGGUGCCACUCUUUUCGUAGGAGGUUUGCUCUGUUUCUUAAUCGGGAAGAGAAAGAAACUAGCAGGUCAAUACACAAGCAAAGGCCUAUCAAAAGCAACGCCUUACUCAAGCAAUAAUACAACGUCUCUAGGAAUCGGAUUAGCUUGUGGAUUCUUGGGCCUUCGAAAGAGAAAAAUUUCACAUCAUCCGAGAUACCAGAACCUAAAGGCGCUACUACAACUAAAACAGUACAAUUAUGCAGAAGUGAAGAAAAUUACAAAAUCAUUUUCACACACAGUUGGGAAAGGAGGAUUUGGAACUGUCUAUGGAGGAAACCUGUGCGAUGGUCGUAAAGUUGCGGUGAAACUCUUGAAGGAUUUUAAGGGCAAUGGUGAAGACUUCAUCAACGAAGUCGCAAGCAUGAGCCAAACAUCUCAUGUUAACAUUGUUUCUUUACUUGGUUUUUGCUAUGAAAAGUCCAAAAGAGCAAUUGUGUAUGAGUUUCUAGAAAAUGGGUCUCUAGAUCAGUUUAUCUCUAAAAAGAAGCCAUUGCAUUUGGACGUGACUACACUAUAUGGAAUUGCACUAGGGGUUGCUCGGGGACUUGAGUACUUGCACCAUGGAUGCAAAACAAGGAUUGUGCAUUUUGACAUCAAACCCCAAAACAUACUGUUAGAUGACAACCUCUGCCCUAAAGUCUCGGACUUUGGCCUUGCUAAGCUAUGUGAGAAAAGAGAAAGCAUACUGUCAUUGCUAGACACAAGAGGAACUAUAGGUUAUAUUGCACCUGAGGUGUUCUCAAUAAUGUAUGGCAGAGUCUCCCACAAGUCAGAUGUUUAUAGCUACGGAAUGUUGGUCCUCGAGAUGAUUGGAGCAAGGAACAAAGAAGGUGUAGAAACUGCUGCUUCUAACUCUAGUUCGACUUACUUUCCAGAUUGGAUCUAUAAGGAUCUUGAAAAUGGAGAGAAUAUAUGGAAAAUUGGUGAUGAAAUAACUAGAGAGGAGGAAGAUAUUGCAAAGAAGAUGACCGUUGUGGGUCUCUGGUGUAUUCAGCCAUGUCCAUCAAAUCGUCCACCGAUGAACAGAGUUGUUGAAAUGAUGGAAGGAAGUUUGGAUGCUCUUGAAGUCCCUCCUAAGCCUUCUUUACAUUUGUCUGCAGCGCCACUUGGAGAGUCUUCUUGGCUUUCAGAAGAAAAUUCUAGCUACUCCGAGGUAUUGAUAUGAUCCACAAGUUGAAAAUCUAUUUCCGAGACUCCAUCAUAUACUUCGUGUAACCUUGCAAGAGAUUUUUUAUUGAACAAAACUACAAAAAAUUGGUGUGUUAAACUCUAAAAUGUUUCGAAGUGCCUUUCUUGUAUGUGAUGCAUAAGCGUGUCAAAACUUUCCUUAGACUACUUUGAAAAAAUCGAGUUUUAGCGCCCUUAACAAA